AUGAGUGGGCCCGGAGAACCCACCAUUGCCGACCAGUAUUUCAUAGGCAACCAGCAGUGGGGAGUCGCUAUUUGUCGCCAGUGCGAGUGUGGCGUGAAGCCCGGAGAGAUAGUCCACCAUUUAACCAACAUUCAGGGCCAGCACCGUAUCAGCAGAUGUGUUGCAGAACAGGUAGUGGAAAUCAUCCGCCAAACCGAUAAAUGGAACUGCGUCGAGGAAGAGAUUAGGUCGCUCCCCACGGCCGUGGAUCGGCCCAUUCUGGCGUUACCAAUUUACCAAGAUGGGUUACAGUGCCAGUUUUGUAGGCAAAUUUACCGCAGUCGCGAUAGUUUGCGAGUUCACUGGUCGAAGAAGCAUCGGUUUUCGGCGUACGGCCAUGGGAGCAAGCCACGACCAUCCGAAAUUGCCGCAGGGAAAGCAGAAACAAGAGGAGGGGUCAAGGCAGUUGUGUGCCAGCGAGUUUUCCCACGUGGAUUAAGGUCGCAUUACAUCCAUAUUCUGUACGAGCCCGAAGCACCACCGCCCCUGGCCACGCAGGCCGCCGAAGCCGUGGACCAAUUGCGAGAGGUGUUUUCACGGAAAAUACAGCUGGAACGCGAGAUCCAGCACGGUACCAUCGACGAAACCAAUCCAUGGUUGGACCGGACGGGAUGGGCGGUAUAUUUACGCGGACGGAAGCCCAAGGGAUUACGGAUAUGCAUUGAAAGCCCGAUGGAAGAUGCGGAGGGGGAUGAGGGUACCGCACGGGUGAUUUGGGAUGCUGUGUUACGUGUUGCUGGCAAAAGCCAGAACAUCACCCAACUUGAACGGACGGGACAUCCAUUUAUUCCGGAUUGA